GAAAAUAAUUCACAUUUAUUUAGUGAUAAAGAGAAUGGAUGAACGUCUAAUUAGCUUGAGACGAAAAAAACUUCGAGAUCGACUUCUCGCGGUGUCCUGUAAAAAUAUAGAUAACGAUACCAUUAAUUAAUGAUUUGUUUUCUAAUCAGUGGAACACGGGAAUGACAUCCGAGUUAUUUGUGCAACGAUUGUUUCACCGAUAGCACCGGUAUCAUCGCCGGAAAACGGGAAGCGUCAACUGCGAUAAUUCGGUACACGAAGAGGAACUACUGCUCGCUUGUUCGCAUCCGUUCUCGGUGAAUAGUCAGUCGUAAAACCGCUCAUAGUCAAAAUGGGUCGCACACGUUUCGAAAUGUGUCGCGUCCCGCUUCUCAUUUUCGCUUGCAUUUCCGUGUUCAUAGACGCCGCAAUUGCAGUCUGCACCAGUAGCAACUACGAGGAUGGCGAACGUUUGAAAUGCUUCAACAUCACUUUAAAUAACGCCGUAAUUUACGGUGGGCCGACUGUAAGCGAGUUCAUGAUCUUUCAUUCGCGAAUAGAAAAUGUUCCUGAUCGGUCGUUCCUGAGAUACAGUAAAAGUUUGAUCUCUCUAAAUAUGCACGACUGUGGCAUCAAAGAAGUUUCCGAUUAUGCCUUCGACGGUCUGAAGUAUUUGAAGAAGCUCAGCCUGGCGUACAACAACAUCACGUCAGUGAAAGAUCGGUGGUUCGCCAAUCUGAUAUCUCUGCAGCAAUUGGACCUAUCGCACAAUCUCAUCACGUCGAUCGAACCUACGGUCUUUGAGAAUCUGCGAGGCCUCAAAGGACUCGAAGUCAGGGAUAACCGUUUGACGUGCUUGGAACCAUCCCAGCUCGUACCGAUGGCGGGCAUCGAAAAGCUUUACUUUUCCAGAAAUCCCCUCACUUUUCGGUGUCGUGGAACGUUGACAUUGUGGUUGCAAGACUUGGGCAUAAAUUAUCACCCUGGACAACGUGGAAAGGAAGACUGGCUGGAUAGUAUAUUGUGGAUGUGCGCCGCGGACGACGGCAAAGUAGCCGAUUCCGAAGUGCUCAUGAAGGAAUGCGUUAUCCUGAACCUAUUCAAUCAACUUCGCACCGGUCUGACCACGGCCGAGUCUUUUCCUCUGACGGUCCCGCAGGAGUGCGUAUACGCGAGAAACGAGCUCACGAAAUGCGUCGCUACGGAUCGCAGACACAGCAGAGAAGUUACUACCAAUGGACACGUCGUGAGAAAACUGUUACGGUUGUUGAAGGAAACCAAAUCAACCGUAUAACACGACAGAUUCUAAAUCUGAAGACAAUUGAUAGCUCGAGACUGUUCGCGAGAAAUUAAGCAUAAAUAAUGAUGUCUCGACCAUACAUAUGUAUCUAUUUAUUAGACUAUUGUCCAGUUACUCAACAACAUUAUCUCAACAUUAUAACAAUCUUUUUAUCUAAAUAGAGUUUAACAGUUAGAAAAUGAA